AUGAAACAAGAAAAAUUACGUGAAGAACACGGCGGACAUUCGUAUUCCAAACAGCUAUCUCAAAAAGUUGUUCAACAAUCACGACAAUCUCAACGCGGAAGAAGUAACAAUGUUGCCAAGACAAUAAAUAGUGAAAACGAAAUUGUUUCUCCAGAGAUUUUAAAGUGUUCUCCGUAUCAAAGAAAAGAUAUAGUUUCUGAGCAAAAUUCUAUGAUCGACCCAUCGUUCUAUGUAAAUUUUAUCCUUCGUAAACGUAGAGAACGUCGACAACUAAGACAUGCUAAUACUUAUACGUUGUUGUUAUUAAAUCGUGUUAGACGAUUUUCGAGGCAAAACACAAACAAUCUAUUCGCAAGUCAAUUCUAUAAUGGAUCAAAUUUCCCUUAG